AUGGAGACCACGCGCGUCGGUGAAUGCGGCGUCAGUCUUCGUCGCAUGAACCUCUCGGUCGCGUCGCGCUUUUCGGCGACGGCGACGCGCAAUCGGUGCGCUCGACGCCGUGACCCGACGCGCGCGCGUCGGUCGAUUCGUGUACGAGCGUCGAGCGUCGGGUUAGACCUCGAGAGCGCGCUGCAACGCGCGCGAGACGCCCUCGAUGCGAAUGAUUCUCGAUCGUACACUCUCUGGGGUCGAGGCCAACAUCUCGGUUUGCCCGCGCUGUGGUGCCUGCGAACGGACGAUGAGGCGUUCGUCGAGGAGACGAUGAACGCUGAGUUGUGUUACGUCAGUGGACGAUCGCGCGGACGAGAGGGGAGCUGCUGGGAGGUUGAUUUCAGCGGGUACGCGCAACGGUUGGAACUCGACGACGCGGAGGCGGCGACGCUCGGCGCGUGGACGCGAAGUGGGUUCUGGGCGACUCGGCAGUGCGCAAACGAGAUGUUGGAAAUGGAGUUGCUCGAUGACGGGCGUGAAGGCGGAGUGUGUAAGAUCGAGAUGCGAUUACGGAGGGGCGGACGGGUGCGAGGGGAGUUGGAGCUGGACGCUUCGACGUGGAAGCCUCGAAGGUUGCGAGUGGCGGUGUGCGGGGAUGAAGACGAGUGGACGUUUGAGGAUUGGACGCGUGAUGCGACGAGUGGGUUGCCUUACCCGCGGACGACGCGCUUGCGCGGGGCGAACGGGGGAAUACAAGAGUUCAUCGUCACGGGUGCGGCGGUUGGACGGAACAAGGAGGGACGCGGGAUGUUCGAGAAACCGACGAACGAGAAGCCACCGACGGUGAAUUUCGACUCGAGCGCGGCUCCGGAUAUUCCCGUGCUUCGCGCUGGUUCGUCGCACGUGCUAGUGGAGCCGAUGAUCGAUGGUGAGAGCGUCGGUUCGUUCAUACUGGACACGGGCGCGAGCGGGCUCGUCAUCACGCCGAAGGCGGCGCAAACGCUCGGUCUUCGCGCGUUUGGUGAGGUACACGUAUCGGGCGUAUCUGGACGCGUACCGUGCCAAUUUCGUCGUGGGAAGGAUCUAAAACUCGGUCCGCUCACUCUAAAGAAGCCGGUAUUCAUGGAGAUGCGACUAGACGGGAUCGUUACCAAGCCACCGAAACCCGUGGCGGGAAUCAUCGGUUUCGACGCUUUCAAGAGCGCCAUUUUGAUCGUCUCCGAGGAAGGUAGACGGGUGCAGAUUUAUGAUGCCGACGACAAGAGCGCGAUCGACGAGAGUUGGGCGUGGCAAGAGCUUCGACUCGUGUCUAAUGUGCCGCACGUCGCGGCGACGUUUUCGGGAGUCAACGACUCACAAAAGUUGGAGCCAAAUAUUUUCAUGAUUGACAGCGGUGCCGGGGGCGCGGAUGUAAUCUUCCACGCCAAGGCGGUGAAAGAUCUUGGUUUGACCGAGUUGUUGGGCCCCGAAGGUGGGCGGAUAUCGAGUCGAGUGCGAGGCGUUAGCGGCGCCGACGGCGCGGGCUCAUCCACGUUGACGUACAGGACAACGAUGGAUUGGUUACAGCUCGCGAGCGCCGAUGCGAAUGGGACGACCGUUCGCUUCGACGAAAUAGACACGUUGCUAGCCUCUGGUGAGGGGUUCAGUCUCUCUGAGCACAGCUGCGGGAUGAUAUGUGCGACGCUGUUGCGCAAGAAGAGAAUUGUUUACGACGUGCCCCGAAGACGCAUCGCCUUCGUAGAUGAGUAG